CAUUAUAAAUUGGGGUCACGGAAUAUCAGUUAAGGCAACAAGUUCUCACCAAUAUUGUUCUUUUUGCAAAUUGUGUUGUGAGUGAUUUUAUCUUUGUCUUUUGAGAAUAUGUCUGGCUGCAACUGUGGAAGUAGCUGCAACUGUGGUGAUAGCUGCAAAUGCAACAAGAGGUCUAGUGGAUUGAACUAUGCCGAAGGCGGCGAAACCACAGAGACGGUGGUUUUGGGCGUUGGUCCGACGAAGAUUCAGUUCGAGGGAGCUGAAAUGAGUGUUGCAGCUGAAGAUGGUGGCUGCAAGUGUGGAUCAAGCUGCACAUGUGACCCUUGCAACUGCAAGUGAGGUGCAUAUAGCAAAUGAAAGCUUGAGGCAGAGAUAUUGGAACCAAUAUGUGUAAUUGUGUGUAUCGGUACACAUAUAAUAUAUAAAAAAAAGCAUGUGUGUUUGCUUUAUUAGAAUAAUAAAGUUGUCAUGGAUCUCACCUUUAGCAAAUUGAAAUUUUCUAAUUAGAUUUUGUUGAAGGUGUUGUGAGAGCAAUGGUUGCUUUGUGUGUUGAUUUUCUUGUGUAAGCAAAUUUAGCUAAUAUGAAUCAUAAAUCUCUGCUUAUUGAAUUGAAUUUA